AUGGAUGGCAAUGAUGCUUCCGCCGCCACGUCUUCAGCAACACCACGUCCGGUGACUCCCUUUGUCGCCGAACUACCGAUUAUUCAUAGCCCAUCGUUACCGGCAGUCAUACACAGCUCAGGCCCUAGGCUGUCCGUCCUCCAGUCGUUCAGGCUUAGCAAGUUAUACCGCAAUCGGUUCCUAUCGUCUACAGAAGUGUCCUGCCAUAUCGACCACUCCACAGCGCAGAUGGAGUCGCAAAUUCAAUAUGACGACAAGAGCCUAAUAAUCGAAAUACUGUCACCCGUUCUCGACAACCUGAAGGAACUGAAGGCGUUGACACCCGAGAGUCUACAGGACCACAAUCAGACCCUCAACAACGAGACGCACGCUCAGGUUCUUAAGCAGAAGCUGUUACCCAUAGGUCAGCUUAUCGUGGACUGCCUGGAAACAGUCCCACUGGACCACCGGGGUUGGUUGGAGGGAGCCAUAUGCCAUCACAUCGCCGACAAUUACUGGCCGCUGCCUGUCAACUUCUUCACCCAUCUGAAGAUUCAGGAGAAAUACCGCAAUGCGCUCUUUAGGUUGGCGCAGCGCACACCUGCCGGGGCCAUCGAGCCGCAUCCCAACAAGGACUCUCAGCAGCCUCAAGCACCAGCUAUCGAGCCUGAUCCGCCCCAACCAUCGCUGGACCCGAGGGAUAAUCCGGACACGCCACCAUUCCCCAAAUCGACCGCUGAGCAACCUCAAGCAUCAGUUAUCGAGCCUGAUCCGCCCCACCCGUCGCUGGAACCGAGGCAUGAUUCGGAUACCACUGCACCAUUUCCCGGAUCGUCCGUUCAUCAGCUACAAUCAUCAGUCGUUCAGGCCGCUCCGGGCUCUGGGGACUUUCUAGAUCUAAACUUUUACGAGUUGAGAGCAGAGGCUAUUGAAGAGGCCGAUGCGAGGGACUUGGACAACGUAUAG